AGGCCUGGGCUUCUGUUCGCGACCCAGGGAAGAAGGCCCUUCAGGGACUGCUGGGGACUCUGGUUAGCGCUGUGGGAGUCCUCUGGCGCUUCCUCCACCUGAGGACCCAGGAGUGCGGUGAAGGGGCGACUUGAGGGGCGCUUGGGAAGGUGUAAGGAAAAGACAGGGGGGCUUUGGAAGGGAGAGUACUCUUAAGGGCUUGGAAUUUUCAGGCAACUCUGGGCUGGGAAGAGUAAAAUCUGGAGGUGGCAGGAGUGCCCUGGACCCCAGGGCACAGUAGAUGUCAAAAGAGGGAGGACGGGCCCAGCAACCUAAGAGCAGAGGGGUGCAGACCUGGGCUGGAGCCUGCCACUUCCUACCCAGCUCCUUUCAAGGAGUUCCUCACCUGGCCCCGCCCCUGGUUACCAGGAUCCGAGUGAUAUGUCCCCACUGAGGCACCCCUCGGCAGCAGGCGGUUAGCAUGGCUGAGAAACUAGACCCGCAAGAAGGGCUGGCGGACAUGGGCUCCUGGAGGCUGAGUCCCAGCCAGUCAGAGGCAGCAAGGAGGAGAGGCCUGGGCGCCCGGAACAAGGCUGAGACAGAGCGGUUCUGGAGUGCGUGAACAGGCCGGAGCCCUGCCCGCCUGGCCCACCAUGGUCCAGCGGCUGUGGGUGAGCCGCCUGCUGCGGCAUCGGAAAGCCCAGCUCCUGCUGGUCAACCUGCUGACCUUUGGCCUGGAGGUGUGCCUGGCUGCAGGCAUCACCUACGUGCCACCCCUGCUGUUGGAAGUAGGGGUAGAGGAGAAGUUCAUGACCAUGGUGCUGGGCAUCGGUCCAGUGCUGGGCCUGGUCUCAGUGCCACUCCUGGGCUCAGCCAGUGACCACUGGCGUGGGCGCUACGGCCGCCGGAGACCCUUCAUCUGGGCCCUGUCCCUGGGCGUCCUGCUGAGCCUCUUCCUCAUCCCGAGGGCCGGCCGGCUGGCGGGGCUGUUGUGCCCAGACACCAGGCCCCUGGAGCUGGCACUGCUGAUCCUGGGCGUGGGGCUGCUGGAUUUCUGCGGCCAGGUGUGCUUCACUCCGCUGGAGGCCCUGCUCUCUGACCUCUUCCGGGACCCAGACCACUGUCGCCAGGCCUUCUCUGUCUACGCCUUCAUGAUCAGCCUUGGGGGCUGCCUGGGAUACCUCCUGCCCGCCAUCGACUGGGACACCAGUGCCCUGGCCCCCUACCUGGGCACCCAGGAGGAGUGCCUCUUCGGCCUGCUCACUCUCAUCUUCCUCACUUGUGUGGCGGCCACGCUGUUUGUGGCAGAGGAGGCGGCGCUGGGCCCGGCCGAGCCAGCGGAGGAAGGGCUGUUGGCCCCCUCCGCACCGCCCCACUGCUGCCCGUGCCGCGCCCGCCUGGCUCUCCGGAACCUGGGCGCCCUCUUUCCCCGGCUGCACCGGCUGUGCUGCCGCAUGCCCCGUGCCCUGCGCCGACUCUUUGUGGCCGAGCUGUGCAGUUGGAUGGCGCUCAUGACCUUCACGCUGUUUUACACGGACUUCGUGGGUGAGGGGCUGUACCAGGGUGUGCCCAGGGCUGAACCAGGCACCGAGGCCCGGAAACACUACGAUGAAGGGGUCCGGAUGGGCAGCCUGGGGCUGUUCCUGCAGUGUGCCAUCUCCCUGCUCUUCUCUCUGGUCAUGGACCGGCUGGUGCAGCGAUUUGGCACCCGAGCAGUCUAUCUGGCCAGCGUGGUGGCUUUCCCUGUGGCUGCUGGUGCCACGUGCCUGUCCCGCAGCGUGGCUGUGGUGACCGCCUCGGCUGCCCUCACAGGGUUCACCUUCUCUGCCCUGCAGAUCCUGCCGUACACGCUGGCCUCCCUCUACCACCGCGAGAAGCAGGUUUUCCUGCCCAAAUACCGUGGAGACGAUGGAGGUGGUGCCAGUGAGGACAACCUGAUGACCAGCUUCCCGCCGGGCCCCAAGGCCGGAUCUCCCUUCCCCAUCGGACACAUGGGUGCUGGAGGCAGCAGCCUGCUCCCCUCUCCACCUGCGCUCUGCGGGGCCUCUGCCUGCGACGUCCCCAUGCGUGUGGUGGCAGGCGAGCCCCCCGAGGCCCGGGUUGUUCCUGGCCGUGGCAUCUGCCUGGACCUUGCCAUCCUGGACAGUGCCUUCCUGCUGUCCCAGGUGGCUCCCUCCCUGUUUAUGGGCUCCAUUGUUCAGCUCAGCCAGUCUGUCACCGCCUAUAUGGUGUCGGCUGCAGGCCUGGGUCUGGUUGCCAUUUACUUUGUCACACAGGUAGUAUUUGACAAGAGCGACUUGGCCAAAUACUCAGUGUAGAGUACGUCCAACCCACUGAGGGAAAGCCUGCCUUACUGGGUCCCCUAUUCCAGUCUGUUAGCCCCACGGGGCUGGGAGCUGACCGCCCGGUGCCUAUUGCUGCCAAAGUGGUGUGGCUUUCUGCUGCCUCCCCAUGGCAGUGUGGUGCAUAGCUGCCCAGAUAGGGGAUGGGGCUUCUUCCUUCCCACCUCUCCCCAGGCUUCAGGGCUGGCAGGCUGGUGGCUCUCCAUAUGGCUUCAGUCUGGGCUUCUACAAGGAGAGAAGGGCAGAGAAUUUAAUUAACUCCGUGCACUGGAAUGCAGGACACUGCAGAGGGAUUACCCAGGCUCAGGGUUAACAGCUAGUGUCCAGGUCAAGACAUACCCAGAGAACAGAUGUGGGGGCCUGAGUAAACUCAGCCACCUGGCCUCCCACCACCAGGGCCCCUUGUCCUGUAAGUUCCCCCAGUGUCGCUGUUGCAUGGGAGUUUCUAGUGUGAAACUCUUCUCCACAGGAUUUGAAAGUAUAGAAGAUAUUUGGGGGCAGAGUCCUGAGGGGAGAAAGGAAGCUGCCUGGCCCCGCAGCACCGCCUUUGUGCUGUUCCCUCACCCCUACAUUUUAUCAGGACUUGGCUUGUUGGCCCCUGUGUUGCCAUCAUAGGGACUCAGGCCUUUAAAUAUUUAACUUAUUUAUUUAAGUUGAAGAGGAAUCAAUUCCCAGCCCUGCUGGUAUCUAGGAGUUGGGUCGGAUAAGAUCCCCAGCUACUGAGAUGGCUGGUUAUUGGGCUGAGCAUUGCCAGAAUCUCUCCUGGAAUGAUUGGUCUGGCCCCCAAACUGCCUAACCCUGAGCUUGGAAGCUCUGCUCACCCCAACUGAUAUCCCAAAUCCUGUUACCCAAGGCAGGGAGGGCUGGGGCAAGGUGGAGGGUGGGGUUCCAGGUCUCAGCAGCCUCCCCCCACUCCCCUCCUCUCUUGGCCCAGCCUGGGCUCCCCCAACUCCCCUCUGCUCCCUCUAGGACUGGGCUGUUGAAGGAGCUGCCCAACCCUCACCUUUCCCCAUUGACUCCUCUCCUUGGAGCUGUUUUGGGACCAGAAGCACAGAGUGUGGCUCCCUGAGCCUUUAUCUGUCUCAGCCCCCAGGGCAUAUCUGUGUUUGGGAAAUCUAGCACAGAAACUCAGGAGCACCCCCUGCCUGGGCUAAGGAAAUCUUAUCUCUGGAGAGGGGGUUUAAGUGCCGUUUGCAAUAAUGUUAUGUCUUAUUUAUUUAGCGGAGUAAAUAUUUUAUACUGUAUGUGAGCAAUCAGAGUAUAAUGUUUAUGGUGAUAAAAGUAAAGGCUUCUUAUAUGUUUAA